AACCAUUGCGGAUCUAUGACACCUGCCUGCAAAAAGCACUUCAUCCAGGACACUGGGUGUUCCCCCAACCUGGGGCCCUGGAUUCAGGAGGUAAAUCAGAGCUGGUGCAAGGAGCGCAUCCUGCACGUGCCCCUGUGCAGAGAGGAUUGUGAGCAAUGGUGGCAGGACUGCCGCACCUCCUACACCUGCAAGAGCAACUGGCACAAGGGCUGGAACUGGACCUCAGGGUAUAACCAGUGUCCAGAGGGAGCUGCCUGCCACCCCUUCCAUUUCUACUUCCCCACAUCUGCUGCUCUGUGCAGUGAAAUCUGGAGUCACUCCUACAAAGUCAGCAACUACAGCCGAGGGAGCGGCCGCUGCAUCCAGAUGUGGUUCGACCCGGCCCAGGGCAACCCCAACGAGGAGGUGGCGAGGUUCUACGCCAGGGCCAUGAGUGAGGCUACGCACUGUGUCCUUGGGCCUCUCUUGCUCAGCCUGGCCCUGAUGCUGCUCUGGCUACUUAGCUUAGCUCCCUUUAUCUCCUGA